CGUAUCUGGACAGUGCAUACCUAGGUAGUUGGGCAGUAAUGAGCUUGAUACUGAUCUGAGAUAUUACUGAUCAUAAACGCAAACGCCCGUUGUAAACACCAGACAGAGCAGGUGGGUAACAAUCUAGGACAAGAAGUAGUACUUACCUAAAACAUACCGCCAGUACCGCCGGUAACUACCCGAAGAGCGGGAAGAAGCAGGGACAAUGCUGGGAUAUACGUUGACUCUUACUUUUCAACUUCUCAUUCAUCAAAUACGAUGCUACAGUAUCGAUCGGCCAUGGUUAGGGAGGAGGUGGAGGCGAGAAGAGCUUCUCACAUUGACAUCUAAUUUUCUCAGGCUUCUUUGUUCUAAUAUCAGUCACAAGCUUGCCAACUACAACAUACUCAUCUAACAAUCAAAGGCAGUACGCGCCAUUCCGACCACGAAAACUUGGUUGUGAUGUCAAACUAGCUCUGUAGCUAUUCUAUUUGAAGAUGGUUCUCCAGAUACCUAGCACGGAUAGUACUAUCCAACCGCCGUCCCGCAACAUAGUCUUCGUACUUGGACCUCCAGGCUGUGGUAAAGGUACCCUCUGCAAGUCUGUCGCCACCAACCCCCCAGGCCCCAACCGUUUCUAUAAACACCUCUCGACGGGGGACCACCUACGCGAGCUGUGUGCUCCCAAUGCGCGCUGUGAUGCUACGAACCUCGAUUUAGACAGGAUUCGCCACCAUCUACGGGAGCAAAAGCUACUCCCUUCCGAAGUACUCAUCCCAAUACUCAAGCACAAGGUUAACACCGCUCCGGAGGAUGCUUGGUUAAUCGAUGGGUUUCCGCGCAAUAUAGAGACCGCUCUGGCGUUUGAGGCGAAGGUUGCCAAGCCCGUAAUGGUCAUCGUCCUUGAUUGUUCACGCGAGGUCGCCAUGCGUCGCUUCCUGGCCCGCGGAAGAGAGACAAGCGACGAUGAAGAACGUUUUAACAGGCGGUAUGACGAAUACGUUGAGAAUAUGAAGGCUAUUGAGGAGCACUAUGAUGAAAAUGUCACAACUGUUUCUGUGAAUGGAACUCGUGAGGAGUGCCGAGCCGAGUUCGCCAAGGUGUUGCCACCGGGCGCGAAGGAUUCGUGCAUAUGAGGGCGCUGUGAGAGGGAAGAGGUGGAGUCUAGUCUUCUCUCGCGCGGGUAUAUAUCUAAGCAUGCAUAUAAAAGGAGACUGAAUGACUCACCUUAGCCAUGGGUGACUUAACAUAGAAACAGAACCUAUGAUCAGGCGGUUUAGGAAUUU